AUGGUGCGUCCCCAUGUCCUGCGCUAUGUGUGGCCGCUGCUCGCGUUUCUUGCGCUGUUCCAGGGAAGAAGUCCCCGUGACUUCGCAUCGGACGCGCCACAGGCGUCCAGCCCACAGCGAGUGCGGAAGAGGACGCGCAAAGAGAGGACCCUGGUGGACCCUGGUGGCCCUGCUGAAAGUGAGAUUGGGGGGACGGCCGCUUUCGAUGAGUUGCUGCGCAACCAGAACGAGUCCCAGGUGUUGCUGUGGCUCUCCAGGGCUGACUCGGAAUCCUACCAGUUGGCCAUGGAAAGGUGUCCCCCAGGACUGGCCGCGAAGGUCUAUGGGCAGAUGUGUCGGCAGCAGGUUGCGGACACAAAUGCCACCGCUCUGACGCACGCGCUGAGGGCCUGUGCUCAGCUGGGUGGUUGGCGUAGGCUGAGAACCCUCGUGCGGAAGAUGGAGGAGCAGGGUUGCUGGCACAAUCUGGAUGCUGUUGAAUCUGCCCUGAAAGCUGCGAAUACGACGGGUCAUGUGACGAUAGCUGCGCGGAUCCUGGACCAGAUGGCUUCGAACCGUUUGGCUGUUAAGGAGAAACACUACAGCUGGGCCAUCGAAGCUGCUGCCAGGCGGAAACCCCCGAGCCCCGGGGCAGCUACUUACUUCAUGCAGGAGUUGAUGCAGCAGGCCCAAGUAAAAAAGACGCAGAUGGAUGAUCUCUUAUCAGCCCAUCGCGAUUCACCUUUGAGCCUCACGAUGCAUACCAUGCGGAACCUGCUGAUUCUAGCCAACCAAUCCCGGACCUUUGCUCCAACAGAGGGCAGGAAGGGAAAGAAUCGGCAGAUCACAGCAGAGGCGGCUGAAGUGAUGCUCGCGAGCCUUUUGGGGCAGAUGCCCCAUGAGAUGAAUGUGAGCCAGUUUGAAAAGCUGCCACGUCAACAGCGGACAGCAACACUGAGUCUCGUCAAGGACUUCAACAAGGUCAGAGUGUCCGUUCCAAAGCGCAGCCGCUGGGUUUUGCGCCUUUCGACCAAUGGCCCCAAUGGCCCCAAAGCUGGAAGUGAUGCUGCGUGA